AUGGUCGCACUCUCCAAGGUUAUUGCGUCGAACGAACGCAUCGCAUCCACGCUGCCUCCUAGCUUAGUAGCCGUCUUCGUCGGAGGGACCAGUGGUGUCGGCGAAUAUACAGUGAAGGCCUUCGCCAAAUACGCUUCCAAACCUAAGGUUUACCUCGUCGGUCGGUCCCAGGAAUCAGCAACCCGAAUUAUCGACGAGUGUAAGAAGUUAAACCCGGGCGGUAUAUUCGAAUUCAUAAAAGCCGACGUAAGCGUCUUGAAGGGUGUCGACGACGUAUGCCGCCAACUCAAGAGCAAGGAGACGGAGAUCAAUCUGCUAUUUCAAAGCCAAGGGAGCUUGGGCUUUACUAAGAUUACCUCCGAUGGCCUACCCCAGGCCUCUGCCUUAAAUACAUAUUCACGCAUGCGCUUCGUCUAUAAUCUCCUCCCCCUCAUCCAAAACGCCAGCUCCCUCCGUCGCAUCGUCAGCGUACUUGCCGCGAAUUGCGAGGGUCCGAUUGACCUAGACAACCUCUCCGGUCUAGGUUUCGCUCUUCGCAAAUGGCGCAACCAAUUAUCGUCUAUGCAGACAUUGCUACUCGAAGAGGCCGCGCGGCGGGCGCCGAAUGUUGCCUUCGUUCAUACGAUGCCGGGUCUUGUGAAGAGUGGCAUCCUGCGCGACGCGGAGGGUAUUGUGAUGAACAUCCUGUCGGGAUUAUCACACUACGUGCUAGAGCCCCUCCUUCAGACUCCUCCGGAUGAGUCCGGUGAGCGACAUCUUUUCGUGGCUACCAGUGCCAUGUACGCGUCUUACAAUGAUAAUGCGACGCCUGCCGGUGUACCAUUGGACACGACACUGUCGAUUGCUAGAGGUAGUGAUGGCAAGACUGGUAGUGGGGUAUACUCAAUUAAUAAUUAUGGGAAUAAAGGAGGGGAGGGUGCGUCGCCGAAAGUAGAACAAUUGCUGGCUCAGUUCAGAAAAGAUGGAACUGCAAGGAAAGUUUGCGAUCAUGUCACGGCGGAAUUCAAGAGGAUCACUGGAACAGAAAUAGCAGCGUAG